CACGCCGCGGCGCCAUGGAGCCUCCGCAGCGAAGAAGAAGCGGCGCAGGCAGAGCGGAGGGAAGAAGAAGAAUUUAACGGUUCCCGGUUCUCGAACCGCUCCCGUCUCCAGGGUGCCGCCGCCUCACGGGCUGUAAAGGGAGCCUGAAGGCAGCGGCGGGCGGUCGGCGGGCGGAUCGUCCACUUCGCCUCGGUUCCGCGGAGCCGCCAAGCUACAUGUCGACCAGCGGCACGGCGAGGAGGAGGAGGACCGCCGCCGAUUCACCGGAAGACCCAGAGUGAUGGAAGAGGACUCUGGUGUGAUGGAGGACAUCGUGUUUCGAGGAGUGGAGUUUUCUGUGAAGAUAGAGGUGGACAGAGGCCUGCUGAUAGUCGAAAUCUCGGACUCGGUGACAGCGGAUCAGUGGAGGGGUGAAUUUGAUCCUGCGUACAUUGAAGACCUCACUCGCAAAACUGGCAACUUCAAGCAGUUUCCAAUAUUCUGCAGCAUGUUGGAGUCAGCUGUCAGAAAGACGAGUGAUUCAGUCACACUUGACCUCCUGACCUACGCCGACCUGGAGCUGCUCCGUAACAGGAAAGCAGGAGUGGUCAGCCGUCCUCGUGGGAAUCAACAAUCAUCUGCCUUCACCGCCAAACGAUACCUCAUCCUCAUAUACACUGUGGAGUUUGACAGGAUACACUAUCCCUUACCUCUGCCGUACUUGGGCAAGCCUGACCCGGCAGCCCUGCAGAAGGAGAUCAGAGCCCUCCGAGCCGAACUCAGCAGUCUCACCUCCCACGGAGCGAGCAAGUCUGCAGACCGAGAGCUGCAGCAGCUCCGAGCCGAGCUGGCUCUGGUGAAGGAGGAGAAGCAGGCCAUGUCGAAGGUUCUGGAGCAGCUGCAGAUGGCUGGAGGUGGCUCCGCGCUGGGGCGAGACGAGUGGAGGAUCAGGGACAUGGUGAGGACGCUGGAGGAGCAGCUCGUCAAAGAGCGGGCCAAAAACCAACGCUCCACGAGCAAGAGGUGCCUGGAGCAGCGACUCCUCAUCGAGCAGUUGGAGGAGCUGAGAGCAUCAGAAUGUGCUCUCCGUGUUCGUGUCAAGAGUCUCACCAACGAGUUAGCGAUACUGCGGAGAGGGUUAGACAAUCUAAGCGUAAGAGUGACUCCGGUCUCCGGUCACAUCGGCUCCAGAGUUGACGGGGAAAUCUUUCGCUCUCUGUCGCGUGAGAGGAGGUCCGGAUACGGGACAGUCAGAGCUCGCUCGGGGUCGAGGGAGCGGACCGAGGAUCGGGGGCAAAGGUCAAUGGAAAGAGGAAGACGGGCAGACUCGUCAGGACCGCGAGCUCGCGUACCCCGGCCGUCGCCUUCCCCCACCGGGUCGCGGGGGCCACGGUUUGACCCAACUGCGUACAUCCAGGACCGACAGCGCAGACAGAAAGAGGCUGAACUCAAGAAGCAGAGGAAGGUGCGGCGGGACCUGCUGACGUCCCCGAUCGUCCCUGAGAGGGGCCGCUCGCGCUCCAGAGAGGCUUAUCCUCUGGCGGCUCGCUCCGGCAGCAGAGGCAGGAGCUUGUCCAUCGAGCGGCGAGGGAGCAGGAACUCCUCUGAAAGCUCGUUAGUGGAUAUGGAGGAAAUGGCCAAAACUCUGAGCAGAGGAAGAAAACAGGCUUACAAUGGACCCAGUGUGUCCCGAGGAGGGCUUCUGAGCAGGAAGCCACGAUGCAGCACUCCAACGCAAAGACUUAAAGACAAAGAGAGCUCUAUAGAUACAGGAGCUGAGCUGUCGGAGAUCGACGCGAGGCUCCAGGCCCUCCAGGAGUACAUGAGGGACUUGGACACGGGACACUGACCGGAUGUUUCAGCUCCAACAAACUGGAGCUUUUUUUCUUUUCUCUCUAACUGAAGAACGACUUCAGGAAACUACAGCCAUCACUGUGAAGGUCAUUGGACUACUUUUUGAAGACUGAAAUUAUUAUUUUUCUAAUAUUCAAAGUUUUUUGUUAAUUUAAGGUGUGACUGCUUUUUUUUUUUUUUUUGAAAAUCACCGAACAUGUGCAUAAACAUGUAAAUAUAAUCUGAAAGCACAACUUUAACUUUCAGGCAUUUUUAUUUUGAUCCUGUGUUGUUUUUCUUUCAUUUUUAAAGAUGUUUUACAGACAAUGUGGCUUGAUUUUUGCAUUUUUACAGUUCCUUUCAGCACUAGCUCACCUGGUGAUCGUGUUACAUUAAAUUGAUUUGAACAUUUAUGUGGAGAUUCCUUAAAUAGAUAUUAAAAUCUGAAUCACCCAACAUGUCCCUGGCAGCUGUGAGGGCAUCCGUAGAAUAGUCUGGUAGAUGAACGUUUGACCCCGUGAUAGACGGUUGCUUCUUCUGUCCGCCGCAUGCCGACGCCUCCAACUCCACUCAUGAAAUGACUGACGCCUCCUUCCUCAGACUCCAAACUAAAUAUUCCCCGUGUGUUUUGAGUCAUCGUUGAUUCACGUGCGUGGUAGACCAACGCUUUUCAACUCAGCAGUCAUGUAUUAACAGGGACCUGACACAUGCUGUGUUAAAUUUUAAGUUUUCCUCCACGUAUCACCAUCAAUAACCACAUCUCUGAGCAGAAGCCUCCAGCGCAGCUUGGACCAAGUUGACAUUCUCUGACAUCCAGUCAUUUCUUUGCAUGUUGAUUUAGGAGCAGCUUUAGGGACGGACGCUGGAAACGGCUCCACUCCGGACGGGAUCAGCGGAAAGCUGCACGAAGGCUCAAUGCAAGAUAAAUAAGGAUUUGCCUUAACUAUAAGUCAUGCGACGCUUCCCAGAAAAAAAAUGAGGAUAAUAGGUCCCUUUUAAUACAGAGUGAAAAUACCUAACACAUGGCUUGACUUUGAAUAUCUGUAUGUAGAUUACAGCCACACUACGUUCAGUGAAAACUUUGAGAACUGCCAAAUGUUCUGACUAUAUGACUGUUGCUGUCCCUUCUCCUAUGCAAUGCCUUUUAUUACCUCUUAAAAAUAUU